CAGCAGUCGCAGCAACAACGCAGUAGCCACUUCGAAAGCAGCCAGAGCCACGGUGCCAAGUGAAAUCCGAAGCCUCUCGAAACGAAAGUGCCCAUCGAUCGAGCGUCGAGAAAAGAGAGAGCAAUUUUCCAGUGUAAUUUUUGGUGCGUCGAGCCAGACCAACUCGGCCGAAACUGUAAUUAAAGUUUAGAUUAAUUGCAUUGAACUCAUCGAACGGAGAGACAGCGGAUAAAACGACAGUCGCCAUGUGGAACCAACGGAAAGUGCACGCCUGCUUGCUUCUGUCCAUCGUGGCCAGCAACUGCCUGCUGAUGACCUUCGCCUUCCCGCAGCAGGAGGUUUACCAGCGACAGCAUCAGGUGACCCAGUCGCCGGUCCAACGGGAGGAGAGCUUGGCCGCCCAGGGUCGGAAGUUCGCCGUGAAGCCAAAUGCCUCCAAGAAGGUGGCCUUGGACGAUAUUGAGGAUGACCUGGAGAGCAACCAGAUUCAGGAGACUGUGGGCGGACCCGGCGGCUUCACCUGGUCCAACAUGCUGUCCACCGUGAUGACCAUGUUCUUCAACGGAGCCGUCAACCAGGCGCCCACCAAGUCCGACGAUGUGGACAACUCGAUCGGUUUGGGCGGCAGUCCCUGGGCCAAUGUCAUCUCCAUGGGUCUUCGCAUCAUCAACACCUUGCUGGGCGGCGGAGCUCCCAGCGAUGGCAUCGAUAAGGUCGACAACGGCGGAUCUCCCAUGCAGGGCAUAUUGGUGGCUGUGAUGUCGGCCGUUUUAGGCUCCAGAGACCCCGAUCAAGUCAACUCGAUGGCCAAGCAAGCUGGCGAGUUCAUACAGAUCGUGAUGAACCUGCUGGACGCCCUGAAGACCUCCUUCUCUCACCGUUCUCUGGCGGCCCGCUCCCUGGGCAAGCGGGACUCGGUGAGCGACGCUGUUGUGGCCGGAAUCUCCCUGAUGAAGGGCUAUGUGCGCACCUAUCGCAGCUCGGAGGCAGACCAGAACCAGGACAAGUGCACGCAGCGCUACAUGUGCGAUGCCAACACGGAGUGCGUGCGCGAAAUCGGCGGCAGCAGCAUCUUCUGUCAGCUGGGAUCUUAUGCCACCAGCUACGUGCUGGGCCGCAGCAGCGGCAGCAGCUUCGAGGAACUGUACGACGCAGGACGCAGGGGCCGCUCCGGCUUUGACUGUCGCCAGCUCUAUCUGGAGUGCAACGAGGUCUAGGUCCCGGCCUCCUGGCCACCCAGCCACCGCCCGCUGGACUCUCUCUAAACUAAUUUAAAUUAAUUUAUGACUUCCACCUAGACAUUAGCUAUUUAUAUUAUUUAUUUAAAAACUCUGUAUUUAUGUAUGCCGGCAAAAUGUGUGUUGCUUCUCUUAAGUUGUCAAUAAAACAAGAUAAAAAACCUUAAAAUUAAAAGCAUUAAA